GGAGGGGUGAAAGGGCUGGGACUGUUCAGCCUGGAGAAGAGGCAGCUUGGGGGGAUCUUAUCAAUGUGUAUAAACAUCUGAUGGGGGAGCCAGACUCCUUUCUGUUGUACCCAGUUACAGGACCAGAAGCAAUGGGCACAAACUGAAACAUGGGAGGUUCCCUCUGAACAUGAGGAAGCGCUUUUUUACUGUGAGGGUGGUUGAGCACUGAAUAGAUUGCCUGGAGAAGUUGUAGGCUCUCCAUCCUUGGAGGUAUUUAAAAGCUCAUUGGAUGUGCUCUGGGGCAACCUGUGCUAGCUGAUUGUGCUUUGAGCACCGGGCUGGACGAGGUGAUCUCCAGGGGUGUCUUCCACCUCAUACAUGCUGGGACUGUGUACCAGUGAGGGCUGUGUUAAAAAAAGGCUACCUCCUGGCCAAGAAAGCUUGUUGCCAGCAAGGCAAUGAUUCCUCUAAGGCUUGUGGAAUCCUACACUUCCUUUCCUGGUUUUUGCAUCAUUGCAAAUAUAUGCCUCCCUAGUUUUCAUAUGUUUUCAGCUCCAUCCUUUGCACUGCAUCACAUAUACAAAUUUGUCUUCAGCACCAGAGUACAAUGCCGUUGCCUCAGUCUGUAUUCCUGAGGCAGUCUUGUGAGAGAUCAUGCGCUCAUCUUUGCUAACAAUGCUGUCCUCAAUGCCAUGUCCCCCAUUGCCCCUGUAAUUACUUUUGGGACAUUUUCUGUGGCUGUUUUUACCUUUGAUAGUACUGGUCCAUCUACAUUUUUAUUAAAUCUUCCCUAAUGCAAAAGAAGCUGUUUAGCAAUUAUCAAUUAAAAAAAAAAUUAAAAAUCUAGAUGUCAUCUCUGGCAGGUCUCUGAGAACACCUUACUGACAUGGAAUUUAUUUGCUUAGGGAUUCUUUUCAUCCAGGUUUUGUACAAUUGCAGAAUGGAUGCUUAGUCCCUAGCAAGCAAAAUAUAUCAACUGAAUGAAUAAUAUAAUAAUAUAUAAUUUUAUUUAUAGAAUAGAACAGCUGAAUGAAUAAUGAAUAAAAAAAAGAUCCUGGGGGAGGUACUCCAGCUAAUCCCUUGGAACUGGAUCCACUUUCUGCCCGGGGGCUGCGACUCAUGGCUGUGGAAGCCAGGGAGAUCUGCCUGCCUCUCUGCGAUGUCCUGUCCUGGUACAAACCAGGGGGCCUCACUGGGUGCCAGACUAGUUCUACCCUUUACACACCAGCGACCAGGAGGCAAUGAAGAGGCAGGCCCUAGAGUGCUACGCUCUGAGAGAGGCGGCGAGCAGGGACAGACUGAGGAUAGGGGGACUGUGUCCCUAGAGGCGCACCUCUGAGGGCAAGCCUGGAGGCCUUUAUUUUUAUCCCCUAGACAAGUCAUCUGCAAAACGACUUCAGAGCAGCUGUAGCUCGUUUUGAACCUUCCUGCGGACAGCACUAGUUCCCUGUUCCCCCUGGUGUAAACACAGCCCCGCACCGCAAGCCCGCUCCCCGUCUGGGUGGCAGCCCCCUGGGCUCUCGGAGGUGACUGCAGCAGGUCCUCUGGCACCAGCAGACCAAGCACUCUUCCAGCGCAGGAAACCUCCCUCGGCCCGCGACAGCAGAUGCAGCCGGGUAUUCCCAUGGUGUCACGCAAACUUCAUUUGGAUUUUUUUUUUUUGAGCUCUUUAGCUUGGCAGCAGCACUUGUUCUUCCCCUCAUCAAUACCGAGAAAAAUAUGCAGACUGCCAGUGAGUGAAAGCAGAAACUAUAACUGCUUCAAAAAUAAGAAUUGAGGUGAGACAGCAAAAAGUCAGCUGCACCGAAUUUACCCGAGAAAGUAUAUUUUUGUAGAAGUGUGAGCAAAGGGCUAAAGAACUAGGCGAGGACUGAGCAGCCGGAGCAGAGGCAGCUGCUCAGCCUGGUGGAGGCAUCCUCCGACAGAAGGAAGACGCUCCCCAGCCUCCAGAGAGGCCCCUCUUCUCCCCGUCCCACAGCCAUUUCCUUCAGGCUCAGGUCUCGGGCCCUCGCUUUUGAAGAAGUGGUUUCAUUGUGGGCAGUGACGCGCACCCUUAAGACAACCACCUGCAUGAUUCGGUUUCACUUGCCGGGCCAGAGGACUGCAGGGCAUCACCAGCCAUGGUAGCGGGCUGGCCCCAUGGCCAUCUCGCUGGAAGCCUGUUUCAGCUAGCAGUUCUUCUUAUGACGGCAGUUACUUUCACUUCUGCAAUGAAUCAAAAUACAUCUGAGAUUACAUGUGUGUUUAUCAGCCAGAAGGAUGAAGGUUCGGGAACACCAGAGACAUCGGUAUCUCCUAAGAUUUCUAAUGUUUUGGAAGACCUUGGCUGUUAUUUGAAUUCUCAAGCAACAGAGAAUGUCUAUGAACCAACUAAAAAAGUGGAAGUCAAUGUGUUUGAAGAUAUUGAAUUAAGAGUGAUAAUGAACAUUUCAGAGAUCAUUUCAUGCUUUUGGUUCUUUAAAGAGAGCAAUGCUUGUAAACCUUCACUGGACUCAGAGAAUAGAUAUGUUACGUCUUUGGUUUUUUUCCAAAUAAAAGAAACACAAGCUGGAAAAUAUACCCUCUCGGUCAUAAGUAAAACCGGCAAUUACACAGUAGUUGUGCCUGUUCUCAUACGAAAGAAACCAGGCAAACCCUAUUUCAGGAAAAGGGAAAAAUCGGAUGCUAUCGAGUGCGUAUCUGAGAGCUACCCCCAGCCCUCUGUGGAGUGGAUAUUUUGCAAAACACCUGAAAAGAGUUGCCCUGAUAAGGUGCAUGAAGACACUGGGGAAAUAGAUGGCAUACAGAAGGUACAACAUGAGUUGUUUCAAACUUAUAUAUGGUGCUGUGCAGCUAAUGACCUGGGCAGAGAAUGCACCAGCCUCUUUACAAUAGAUUUAAAUGAAAGACAAGCAGCACCUUUACCUGAAUUACUUCUUAAAGUUGGGGAACCAUUGCUGAUCAGAUGUAGAGCUGUUUACCAUAAUUAUAAAUUCAGAAUAAAAUUAUCUUUUGAAAACAAAGAAGUUGAGCAGGAUCACCAGUUUGAAGGAUUAGAAUAUCAAACAGAUCACUCGGCAAUUCGGAUCCAGUACAUGUUUGCUUCAGCAGCAGGAAGAAGUGAUAGUGGACAUUAUACCUGUUCUUCUACAGUUCAUCUGAACCAAACUGCUUUGAUUACAGUUUUAGAAAAGGGAUUUAUAAAUAUAACCAACUCUAAAGAAGAUUUUGAAAUUGGUGAGGAAGAGUUUUGCUUUGAAGUUAACUUUACAGCAUAUCCACCAGUUAGAUGCAUGUGGUUAUUUUCCAAAAAAACAUUUCCAUGUAAACAAAGUUACAGUGUGGAUGGACGCAGCAUUUCAUCAAAGUUCUGCAACCAUCAGCACCAGUCUGGGAUAUAUGUAUUUUAUGCUGAAAAUGAUGACACGGUCGUGACAAAAAAUUUCACUCUGUACGUGAGAAGAAAGCCUGAAGUAACGAUGCAGCUGUUGUUCAAGCAGAUCUCCUGCGUCGCUGACAGUUACCCUGCCUCAUCCUGGGUUUGGAGGAACUGUCCCGAACAGAACUCGUCCAACUGUACAGAAGAAAUCACUGAAGGGAUUCACAACUUCUUGCCAGAGAGGAGAUCCCUGGGGUCAUGGAUUUCAAGCAGUACUUUAGAUGUAAAGGACACAGCAACAACGUUCUCCAUUGAGUGCUGUGCAAACAAUUCUGCCGGUUUAGCCUGUGAAAAAAGUUUCAUUAACCUGUCAGUUGCAGGAGCUGUUUCUUCCCCUCAGGACAAUGCUGCGUUCCAUGUCUCUGUUGGAUUUUUCCUCCUAUUGAUCGCUUUUUUGUUUGCAUUCAUUUUUCAUAAAUACAAAAAGCAAUAUAGAUAUGAAAGCCAGUUGCAAAUGAUUCAGAUGAUAGGCCCAUCGGAUAACGAGUACCUCUAUAUCGACUUCAGAGAAUUUGAAUAUGAUCUCAAAUGGGAAUUUCCCAGGGAAAAUCUGGAAUUUGGACAAGUCCUUGGUUCUGGGGCUUUUGGGAAAGUGGUGAAUGCAACAGCAUAUGGAAUUAGCAAUGCGGGUGAUUCAGUCCAGGUUGCAGUCAAAAUGCUAAAAGAAAAACCUGAUGCUUCAGAAAAAGAUGCUCUAAUGUCUGAGCUGAAAAUGAUGACUCACAUUGGAAGCCAUGAAAAUAUUGUGAACCUACUAGGAGCUUGUACUGUGUCAGGACCAAUCUACUUGAUAUUUGAAUACUGUUGCUAUGGUGACCUUCUAAACUACUUAAGGAGCAAGAGGGAAAAGUUUCACUGGACACUGAUGGAUAUUUUUAAACAGCACAACUUCAGCUUUUACCACAAUAUCCAUUUGGACCAAAAUUCCAGGAAGGGAACUCACCUGAAGUACAAUGUGAAUAUGACUGUAUGCAGAGAAGAUGAAUUUGAAAUCACACAAAGAAGUCAAAACAUAAAUGUGACAUCUGUAUCAAAUGGAACAGUGCUGUAUUCUGAGGAAGAUAAAAUUAAGCAUGCAAGCAGACAGAAGGAUGAAGACGAGGAUUUUAAUGUGCUUACUUUUGAAGACCUUCUUUGCUUCUCUUACCAAGUCGCCAAAGGAAUGGAGUUUCUUGAGUCCAAAUCGUGCAUUCACAGAGACCUUGCUGCCCGGAAUAUACUCGUGACCCAGGGAAAAGUGGUGAAAAUAUGUGACUUUGGGCUUGCCAGAGAUGUAGUGAACGACUCCAACUACAUCGUCAGGGGCAAUGCUCGUUUACCAGUUAAAUGGAUGGCUCCUGAAAGCUUAUUCGAGAGGACGUACACAAUGAAGAGUGAUGUCUGGUCUUAUGGAAUAUUACUAUGGGAAAUAUUCUCUUUGGGUGUAAAUCCCUACCCUGGUAUUCAGGUUGAUACAAACUUCUACAAAUUAAUACAAAGUGGAUUUAAAAUGGACCCACCGUACUAUGCUACAAAAGAUGUCUAUCGUGUGAUGCAGUCCUGUUGGGCCCUUGACUCCAGAAAAAGACCCUCUUUUUCUUGGCUCGUUUCUUCUCUUGCCUGUCAGCUGGCUGACGCAGAAGGAGCAGUUUACCAGAAUAUGAAGAAAAAUGUUUCUACACACAAUUCCAGCAUCAAAACUAAACCAUGUGUAAGCAGGGAUGAGGAAUCUCUUCUAUCCCCAACUGUGCUACAGCAUGAAGACUCUCGGGUUGAAAAAUAAUCUAGGUUCUGGAUUUGAUCUCAGUAUUUUCAUAAACUCUGUGUAGCAUAGAUGGUUUAUAUCACCACUAAGAAAAGAAAAUGUUACCAGCUGCUGCUUUAUUCACAUUUUUGUUACUUUGAGGAGAAGACACAAUUAAUUUCUUUUAAUUCAGCAAACACGUCUAUCGCAAGACAAAAGCAACGGUCUUUUGGCUGUCUCUCCACAACUGGAUAUCUCUUUUCCUGUUUUUUUGUAAACAGUGUCUAAUCAAUGCAUUGAAUUCAGAGUGUUCAUGCCAUAUUGCAAGCAAGCACAAGAAAAUCCAUGGGGUUUUAGUCAAUGUUUACAAGCACGGACUAUGCAUCUAGAGAGAACUGGUGUGAUUUCCAGAAGUGCUACUCACAUCUUGAUCUCCAGAUGUCAGUGAAUGUUGGAAAACAAAGCCAUUGGAGUAGCCAGCUUAUGAAGCCCAGAUUUUAAAAUAGCAGCCUUGUAUUACAACGAACUGUACAUUUGAAUGUGUACGACUGUCUUACCCUGAACAUCUCAAUUGCUGUGAAGUUCCCGAUAGGUGUCCAGUUCAGGCAAGUGCAUUUCAUCGAGCUUUAGGUACGCAGGUGGUCUGUAGUCAUCCAGACGAUAUUCUUCACCUGCUGGUGAGAGCUAGACACUUACAGCAACUGUUUCCUUCCUACCUAAAAUAAGCAUCUAAAACAAACAGGAGUGAUAUUUGGAGAUGACCUUCUGCCUCCCUGGUCUAGAAAAUCCAGGUGGCAGUCUCCAACUGGCAGUCUCACUUCAAAUGAGUUAUAACCAAUUCCAAUGUUUGGGCUUUGUGUGUUUUAAUACCAGAUAAAAUGUUUAUUUUUUUAAAGAAAUUGUCUUCUGUAGCAAUUUAGGAGUGUAAUAUCAUCACUCCCAGUUCCCAGAAGUCAGCCUGGGUGUAUGAACCCUGCUGCAAUAAAAUGAGACUAUUUCUUUAUCUUUCUAUCUCUUUAUCUUUAACUUUCUCCCAGACUCCCAGGACAAUAACCAGAGGCUUGAUGGUUUCUUAAUAUAGAUAAAAAGACACGUUGUUUUCUUUAUGAGGUUUGGGGGUUUGUAAAUGUGGCUUUCAUAAUGAUUAAUGGCAUACACUUGUCUACAUCUCAGUGAAUCAAGAUGAGAAUAUACAGGUUAAUAGUUUUCUUUUCUUUUACGUUUUACAAGAUGCUAACUCCUGUUAGGAUUUCCAGUGGCAAGUGUUAUAAAUUAAUAACUGUUUGGUUAGAAUAUCCUAUCAUAUGAAUUGAGCUGCUCUUUACUAACAUUGUCUGAAAAUAAUUCAGUGUUGUAGUACAGCAAUUAUGAUUUGUAUAUUUUUCUUAACAUUGUUGAAUUAGCAAGGAACCAUUGAUUUUUUAAGCAGAUAUAAACUGCUGAAUAAUAAUUUGGAAAUACAA